CAUCGGUCUUUUCUGUCUGGUGGUUCGCUGAUGUGGUUUUUAAGAAGUUCGCUUGUAAAUCUCACAGGCCAAUUUAACCAGUUUUUCUCUUAGAUUUUAGUUCUUAUUCACACGGAUUAUGCCUUAUUAUCAAACAUGGGAAGAGUUCGCUCGUGCAGCAGAAAAAUUAUAUUUGACAGAUCCAAUGAAGGUCAGGGUGGUUCUCAAAUACAGACACUGUGAUGGUAACCUUUGCAUCAAAGUCACCGAUGAUGCAGUGUGUUUACAAUACAAGACGGACCAGGCCCAGGACGUGAAGAAGAUAGAGAAACUGCAUGGCAAACUGAUGAGGCUUAUGGUGUCCAAGGAAAGUGGUGCCAUGGAAAUGGACUGAACACCCUUACACAUAGUUGUAUUAACUCUUCUUUGAGUCUAGACUGUGGUGUCAAUAGCACAAACGGAAGAGAACGGAGCUGGAAUGACGACAUUGGAUCAUGAGAGGGGAAAUCAAAAAUGAAAAUGGAGAGGAUAACCUUCACUGCUCUAAAGAGGGAUUUGCUGAACCUCUUUUAAAAGAGCUUUUAUUUAUUUUCAGUUUUAAGAUGGACUAAAAACAGAUGGAGAGACUCAUGUCUAUUUAUGCAUGUUUUUUUUUCACAUCUGGAAACGUUCAUGAACAUGUUUUAAGUGAACAUGAAUGAAGCAUGACCUUUUUGAUAUUCGCACAUGCUAUUUUAGUGGAAGAAACAUGCCUCCAAUGUAAUUUAGUCAACUCUAAAAAUAAUUGCGUUACUCAAUAAAUGUUUAUAUACCCUCAUAACA